ACUGCCGUUGGGUGCAAUUCCGGGCUCUGUGGCGGGCACCUUUCUCUGCCAGGCCAUGGGGCGCCGAUUCACCUUGCUUGUCAGCGCGCUGGCCUACAUGGCCGGCUACUCGGUGAUCUUCGCAGCCAAUUCCAGCUUGUUCUUCCUCGCGGGCCGCUUCAUGACGGGCGUCGCCACCGGCAUUGUGUCGCUCUGCGUGCCGGCCUAUGUCACGGAGGUCGCGCUGCCUCGGCACCGGGGCACCUUGGGAGGAAUCGUGCAGCUGUCCAUCGCUGCAGGCGUCCUCUACUCGUACGUGCUGGGCAGGUUCCUCGAGUGGGAGCUGCUCGCCAUGGCGUGCUUCGCUGGCGCCAUCGUGCUCGUCGCCGCUAGCCAGUUCUCCGUGGAGAGCCCCCGCUGGCUUCUGCUCAAUGGCCGCAAGAUAGAGGCACUCCAGGCACUGAGCAAACUGCGAGGGAUGGGUGCCAGGGUAGACAACGAGUGUCAGGCCAUCGACCAGUUGUUUGCCAUCUUACCCACGCCCGCCUCGAACUUCCUGCUCGCUGUGCACGUGUACUUGCUCCAGCAGUUAUCAGGUAUCAGCAUGGUCAUCCUGAACGCUCACUCCGUGUUCUCCGCGCCCGGAGUUUUCGUGAGCGCCUCCACAACGUUCGUCAUCAUUGCCAGCCUUCAGGUGACGGUCACUAUGUGCACAGUGUCCAUAAUGGCUGUCGUGGGAAGGCGCCGCCUUCUUACCAUCUCUUCGGUGGUGUGCGUGCUCGCCAUGUUCGCCUUCGGGGCCUUCCACAAUGCCAAAGCCACAGGAGACUCGCUUAGCCAACGACUACCCAAUGUCUUCCUGGGAGUUUUUAUUAUAGGCUAUUCGGUCGGCCUGGGUCCCGUGGUUUGGACACUGGGCGCCGAGCUCGUGCCGUGCCGUGAGAGCGGUGUCUUUCUGGGCGCCGCCACGGCGCUCAAUUGGACAUGUGCACUGGUUGUCACGUGUGUGUCGCACGCACUGGUCGAAACCCGCCUCUUCUCUGCGCUGGCCUGGUUCUUCAGUUUGACAACAUUGGUGGGCACUUUGCUGACCAGUGUCUUUCUGCCUGAGACGCGGGGUCAAACCCUAGAGCAGAUUCUCAUCGGCCCGUUGUACGAGCCGCACGAGGAGCAGGUUUCAAGGCAUUUGCAGUCGGGGAGGAAGCUGUGACAAGUCUGCUGGCACCGGGCUAACUCGUAACGAAGGCUGAAUUUUGAAACCGUCUCUUGA